ACAUGCCAAUGGAAUUGUUGAAAGUGAAAUAACGACGGAUACUUUUGACGACCUAGUCAACCUAAAGAAACUAACCUUGGACAGUUUCAUUCUCUGCUGUUAUGCUAACAAGGCUAUAACAGAUCUAAUGUGUGACUCACCCCAAAAUGAAUUCUCCAGUUGUGAAGACAUGAUGAAGAACCCAGCGGUACGGGUCUGCCUUUGGAUUCUGGGCAUCAUAGCAUUAGUUGGCAAUCUAUCAGUGAUAUUCUGGAGGCUGGUGCACACCGAAGACAGCAAGGUGCAGUCAUUUCUGUUGAAGAACCUCGCCUUUUCUGAUUUCCUGAUGGGCGUCUACCUCAUCAUUAUUGCUGUGCAGGACACUCGUUGGCAGGGUGAAUACUUCAUGCAUGACGUGCAGUGGAGAGCGGGUACAAUAUGUCAGGUCACGGGUGCUUUGUCUAUGCUAUCUAGCGAGGUCUCCGUAAUGCUUCUAUCCAUCAUCACCGCCGAUAGGCUCAUCUGUAUCGUGUUCAGUUUUCGUGUGCAGCCCUUGUCCCUUAAAGCCUGUCACGUCAUUUGCUUGGGUGCGUGGACACUGGGAUUCGUCCUGUCCUUCUUGCCAAUGUCAGGUCUAAGUUACUUCUAUGAUUCAGAGCACGGACAUCGCUUCUAUGGACGCUCUACAGUGUGUCUGGCUCUGCAGCUCUCAGAUGACAGACCACCCGGCUGGGAAUACUCAGUCAGCAUAUUCAUUGGGUUGAAUUUACUUGCCUUCCUGUUCAUAUCGCUCGCCUACUUGGCGAUAUUCUUGUCUGCGGUUAAAUCGUCAAGUUCGAUCAGAUCAACGAAUGUUAAACGACAAUCAGCUCUCGCCAAGCGAGUCGCUUUCAUCAUUUUAACAGACUUCUGUUGCUGGAUGCCUGUGAUCGUUGUUGGCAUCUUAUCACUGACAGGAAGUUUCCAUGAUCCCGAGAAGCAGGUGUAUGUGUGGAUGGCAGUGUUCGUACUUCCGGUCAACUCAUCUGUAAACCCCAUACUGUAUACAAUCGCCACGCCUCAGGUGCAGGGAUGGCUGUGCAAGGAUUCCACUGCUGCCAAGGGUAGGCGUCUACAUGCCAAUGGAAUUGUUGAAAGUGAAAUAAAGACGGAUACUUUUGACGACCUAGUCAAGCUAAAGAUAUUAACCUUGGACAGUUUUAUUCUCUGCUGUUAUGCUAAGAAGGCUAUAGCAGAUCUAAUGUGUGACUCACCCCAAAAUGAGUUCUCCAGUUGUGAAGACAUGAUGAAGAACCCAGCGGUACGGGUCUGCCUCUGGAUUCUGGGCAUCAUAGCAUUAGUUGGCAAUCUAUCAGUCAUCUUCUGGAGGCUGGUGCACACCGAAGACAGCAAGGUGCAGUCAUUUCUGUUGAAGAAUCUCGCCUUUUCUGAUUUCCUGAUGGGCGCCUACCUCAUCAUUAUUGCUGUACAGGACACGCGUUGGCAGGGUGAAUACUUCAUGCAUGACGUGCAGUGGAGAGCGGGUACAAUAUGUCAGGUCACAGGUGCUUUGUCUAUGCUAUCUAGCGAGGUCUCCGUAAUGCUUCUAUCCAUCAUCACCGCCGAUAGGCUCAUCUGUAUCGUGUUCAGUUUUCGUGUGCAGCCCUUGUCCCUUAAAGCCUGUCACGUCAUUUGCUUGGGUGCGUGGACACUGGGAUUCGUCCUGUCCUUCUUGCCAAUGUCAGGUCUAAGUUACUUCUAUGAUUCAGAGCACGGACAUCGCUUCUAUGGACGCUCUACAGUGUGUCUGGCUCUGCAGCUCUCAGAUGACAGACCACCCGGCUGGGAAUACUCAGUCAGCAUAUUCAUUGGGUUGAAUUUACUUGCCUUCCUGUUCAUAUCGCUCGCCUACUUGGCGAUAUUCUUGUCUGCGGUUAAAUCGUCAAGUUCGAUCAGAUCAACGAAUGUUAAACGACAAUCAGCUCUCGCCAAGCGAGUCGCUUUCAUCAUUUUAACAGACUUCUGUUGCUGGAUGCCUGUGAUCGUUGUUGGCAUCUUAUCACUGACAGGAAGUUUCCAUGAUCCCGAGAAGCAGGUGUAUGUGUGGAUGGCAGUGUUCGUACUUCCGGUCAACUCAUCUGUAAACCCCAUACUGUAUACAAUCGCCACGCCUCAGGUGCAGGGAUGGCUGUGCAAGGAUUCCACUGCUGCCAAGGUGCGGGGAACAAGACAGGCACGGUCUGCUGGUAAAAUAACGCCCACGCCCAACAAUCUUACGACUAAACAAAUGCAUGUUCAAUCCAGUUUGCCUUCUACAAAGCCCGCUACAAAGAAACAAAGUGGAAAUAGUCUCAAGGAUGAUAGCCUACAUUCAGCAGAAAACAAAGGCAUGGAUUCAGAGGAGAGUGGUUCUAAUGAGGUUAUGGACACUCUAUACGACACCCGCUUCUGAAACGAUGAAGAUGCUUCUUAUUAAAAACUGAUAAAUUUUUUUAGAAAUAAUUAUUCCGUUACUGUAGUGUUUUAACCAAGUGCUGUGCCUCUCAAAAAAUGAACUAUGCUGUUCACUUUUCAUUCUAGCUGUACGUUACGAAGUUAGGACUAAGAGUAUUUAGGUGGCUUGCAAAAAUUUCGAGCAUGUUUCAGCUCGUCUAAUUUGAUAGAUCAAUACUGCCACUGUAACAAUAACGGCAUCAAACAAAUGUGCAAUCAUAAAUGAACAAGUUUUCUUGACAUUACAAGUUACCAUCUCUCUAUCCUCUUCUUUUCUAGGUGGAGAAUAGGCCAUCUACACAAGUUACCGCAGCAAUUGUAUAAAAUGAUCAAAAUACACUUAAUUUUAGCUUUAAGGGCUUAUAAGGAAAACCGAGUCCGAUUGUCUAAAUUGAAAAAAAGCUGGGGGAGCGGAUUAAGAACCCCUUUAACUUUUCCAAACUUUAAGGUGGCUCUGAAUCUGCUCCCACAAUGUUUUUCAACUUGGCAAAAAUUUGCAUUUCAACAGGUUAAUGUUAUUUCGAUAAUUAAAAAAUGGGGCCCACCACCACCAUUGUGUUUUAAUCAUAAGCCCUGAAAGCUAAAAUUAAGGGUGAUUUUGCGGCGUUAUACUGUUACUAUGGUAACCUCAAACGUCACGAUUAAGGUCAUACCUUGCUCACCAGUGUAAGGACAUUGUUUAGUGCCAUUGUUGUAGAAUUGCGUAAAAACGAGAGGUAGCUAUGAUCCAUUAAAGAAGUCGCCGAAAAAUGUUGGAAACCGUUUCCUGCCACGUCAAGCGGGAGUAUUUUAUUUCCAAAGUACAAUUUAAAUCCACCACCAGGCUUAUUUUGUGAAAGAUGCAAUUAGGAGUUAUAUAACACCAAAUCAGUCAUAAACCAGUGUCGGCGAGACACUCAUCAAUUUAAUAAACUCAUAGCCCAGAAUUUCUCUACCAAGAUUGCAAUCUUGUAUUAGACCAAUUUGCGCUUGAUUUUCGAAUCUAAUAUACGUUUUAGAAUACGUUUUGGAAAUUAGCGCUACUUACUGAACUAGUCAGAUAAAAGCCAAUCUUUUUCGGGCGCUUUCUCCUCAUUGCCUGUAUUUGAGCGCGUCGAAUUCUUAUUGGUCCAUUGUGUUGCCUACGUUGCUGUGAUUGGCUCUUGCAGCGGCUUCAGGUUUGUUUUUACGUCACGCAUAUAGCGGCCAGUGUAUUGGAAUAUUUACCGCUUUCUAGAGGCUAAACAUAGUGCCUCUUUGAAUUUUUGGUGCUCAAGGAACAAACACGUUAUUUCUUUCACUUUGCUAGAUUAGCCAACUUGAUGGCAAACUGCAUACGAAUUUGCCACUGAUUAAAUACAUGUUGUACUUUUGACUAGUACUUUGCUAUGAUACUUUGCAUACAAAACUGUCACUUCCUGUAAUGACAGAGUAUUUCUCCGCUAUCAACUUUGCCUGACAUUUAAUAAAAGUUGUGUCAAUUGA